AGAUCAGAAUUGAACAUUGUGUUCCAGUAUUAUGCCUUUGUAUUGCUUUAUUGCUGUUAGAUUAAAAAUGAGAGGUUUUAUUUACUUGAACUCUCCUCUUCACCUCAGCUAACAUCUAUGACCUCCCUCCAAUGAAAAUGGAGUGAAGUUAAAAGGUUUUGCUGUGUAUGCAAAAUGAAUUUGUCUGCCUCCACACACAAAUUCAGACACAGCAAGGCACUAGGACCCAGGAAAAGGAGCUCAGUGUGGGGUAAUGUUCUGACUCACUGGUCAGCAUAUCCAUUUUGAUCUACUUAGUAACUCAACUCUCUAGGAUCACAUUCACCUCUCUAGAUAUUUGAAGAUGCAUCGAGCUUAUCAAACCAUCAUUCCAACCAGCAACAAGUACCUACAACAGAAAUGGGACAAGAAUGAUUAUCAAAGGCACAGGACAAAGGUGCAAAAGGCGACCACAGUUGUGGAUACAAGGGGACCUCAGACUCCUGCUCAUCUUCAAGUCAAGCUAAAAAAACUGCAGCUAGAGAAAGAACGUUUGGCUAUUAUCAGAAGAGACAACCAGAUUCUUUCUUGCAAACUGUCUGAAAUUAUGAGUUCCGAUGGGACUGUAGACAAUUGGAAUAACUACACAAAUAAAAGUCUAAAUGCGGAGAAGCAUCAGAGGGAGCUGAAACAGAUACAGCAGGAGAACCAAGCCAUGCUACAUCGCAUCACACAUUGCCAGUCGGAAUAUAGACGCAGCAGACUGGAUGAGGAGUGGGAGAAAGUGCAGAGACUGCAGAAUCACAUUGCACGCUAUCCACGUGGCCUAAAAACUGAGCAGAAGUAUCAAAAGAAGAUUCAUGAUGGAGGAUUUGGAGGCUCAAUGAGCAACAAUUUUAUGAUGAAGUCCACUGAGGAGGAAUACCAGCAAAACAGCGACCCUUUGGAGAAACACCUUGGACACUGAAAUAUCUCAUACCCCCAUUUCACCAUCUUUCACCAAAUCAUCGAAUCAUAUCACUCAGAAAGAUUUCUCCUCAAAUCCCCUCACAUCUUAACCUACAUAUAAGCCGUCGAAGCAGAUGUAGGCCACUCAACCCAUUGAGUCUGCUCUCUUAAUUCUAACUGAUCUGUGAACACUCAACUCCACUUUCCUGCCUUUCCCCCCAUGAUUCUUGAUUCCCUUUCUGAUUAAAAAUCUGACUAUCUCGGCCUUGAAUGUACUUAAUGACCCAACCUCUAUAGCCCUCUGCAGUAACAAACUUGAAGAUACACUCCACUCUGUGAAAAAAAUCUCAUCUCUUAAAUUGUGACACCUUACUCUGAGAUUAUGCUGUCUGGUCCUAAUCUUUCCCACAGGGAAAACAACCCUAUCAGGACCCCUCAGACUCUUGCAUAUAUCAAUAAGAUUAUCACUAAUUCUUCUAAAUUCCAAUAAAUGUGAUUUCAACCCACUCAACCUUUCCUCAAAAGAAAAUUCUCCACACUUGGGAUCAACUUCAUGAACCUUUUCUAGACCACCUCCAAUAUAGUAUAUUUUUCGUAAGAUAUAGAAACUAAAACUGUUACAGUAUUCCAAGUGUGGUCUGACUAAAGCUCUGUAUAGUUUUAGAAAAAUCUCCCUAUUUUUAUACUCCACUCCCUUUGAAAUAAAAAGCCAACAGACUAUUUGCCUUCCCUAUUCCCUGCUGAACUUGGAUGCUUUCUUUUUGUGAUUUCAAUUAAUCUAUACGGUGUAGAUGCAGGCCAUUUGAUCCAUCAACUCCCUCUGAUCAGCAUGCCAACCAGACUCACCCCAUUACUCUAUCUCUGUAACCCUGCAUUUCCCAUGGCCAAUCCACCUAGCCUGUACAUCUUUGGAUUGUGGGAGGAA